GGCCGGCAUGAUGUAAUGAGUGCACAGGUAAAAAUGGAAAAAGAUGAAUUUGAAAAUGUUCAAGUUGUCGUUCGAGUUAGACCCAUAAAUUCUAAAGAAUUGGAUGAUCAUUGCCAAAUUAUAGUUCAUGUUGAUAGUAUUACUAAUACUAUAUCAGUUUAUAAUUCAAACGCUACAUAUGAAGAACCACCAAAAAUAUUUUCAUUUGAUGCUGUUUUUGAUUCAAAAUCAACUCAAGUUGAUAUAUAUAAUGAAACAGCUAGACCAAUAAUUGACAAAGUUUUACAAGGUUAUAAUGGUACUAUUUUUGCUUAUGGACAAACAGGAACAGGAAAAACAUUUACGAUGACAGGAACAAAAACUUCACCACAAUUAAGAGGAGUAAUUCCCAAUUCUUUUGCUCACAUAUUUGGAUAUAUCGCAAAGGCUGAUGAAAAUCAGAAGUUUUUAGUUCGUGCAACCUAUUUAGAACUUUACAAUGAAGAAAUAAGGGAUCUAUUAGGUAAAGAUCAAAAUCAUAAGCUCGAAGUGAAAGAAAGACCAGAUAUUGGAGUUUACGUAAAAGAUUUAAGUGGAUAUGUCGUUAAUAAUGCUGAUGAUCUUGAUAGAAUAAUGACUAUAGGUAAUAAAAAUAGAGUUACUGGAGCAACAGCCAUGAAUACAUGCAGUUCUCGAUCUCACGCAAUUUUCACUAUAACAGUUGAGUCUAGUCAAAUAGGUGAAGAUGGACAGCAACACGUUAAAGUUGGAAAACUACACCUAGUUGAUCUUGCUGGAUCUGAACGACAAAAUAAAUCUCAAGCUACUGGCAUUAGACUUCGAGAAGCCACAAAAAUCAAUCUUUCGUUGUCUACCUUGGGUAAUGUUAUUUCAGCUCUUGUUGAUGGUCAAAGUUUACAUGUACCAUAUAGGAACUCAAAAUUGACAAGACUUUUACAAGAUUCACUGGGAGGAAACUCAAAAACAUUAAUGUGUGCAAACAUAGGUCCUGCAGAUAUUAAUUAUGAUGAAACUAUUAGUACGUUACGCUAUGCAAAUCGAGCUAAAAAUAUAAAAAAUCGUGCUCAUAUAAACGAAGAUCCGAAAGAUGCCUUAUUGAGACAGUUUCAAAUUGAAAUUGAGCAAUUAAGACAUCAAUUAGAAGAAGGCGCCCAUGACAAUUCUGAUUCAGAUGAUUCUGAAGAAUCUAAGGAAACAAUGGAUGAACACAAUCCAAAAAUAAAUUUAAAGUGCCAUGUCGUUUCCUCUGUCUAUAAUAAAAUUGGAGCUGGUAAUCUAGAGAAAAGAGAAAGAUCUGAAGUACAUCUGGAAACCUUUAAUGACUUAGAUAUAAUUGAAUUAAAACGCACACAAACAGAAAAAGAAAUAUUACGCAAACAAAUAUUAAACUUACAAAAUACAAUACUUGUCGGCGGAGAAAACUUAUUAGAAAAGGCUGAAGUUCAAGAGUCAUUAUUAGCUGCAUCUGCUAUUGAACUUGAAGAAAGAAAACGAAGAGAAGAGCAAUUAAUAAAAGUAAUUGAAGAAAAAGAGGCGGAGAGAAUUGAUAUAGAAGAAAAAUAUUCAUCUCUUCAAGAUGAAGCUGCAGGAAAAGCAAAGAAAUUAGAGAAAAUAUAUAGAAUGUUAUUAUCUGUUAAAGCUGAAUUACACGAUUUACAACAAGAACAUCAACGUGAAAUGGAAGAUCUCUUAGAAGGAGUUCGUGGUAUUGGGCGCGAGCUCCAGCUUCAAGAAUUAAUUAUAAAUAACUACAUUCCAUUACAAUAUCAAUUUACUGGCAAUAUUAGCAUGUCCAGUUGUUAGCAUAUGCAUUCUCAAGGCCAUACGUCCUGAACAGGAGUGUGAGCAUAGUUCUGACUAUUUACUGUAAAUAUUAGCAGGAGCCUUUCGCUCAUAUUUGUGAAGAGAAACGAAGAAAGUAACACUACAAUUUCCAAGGAAACUUUCAUUAAUAGUGUUCGAUUCUGUGCUUCACACCCCACUCAGACCAGGUCGCUCCAGGCAGUUUGUGCCAAGGAGCUUUUCGCUCAUGCUUUUCUUGCAUAAAGCCUACUUGCAUCAUAGUGUAAAUUCCG